AUGUUCGCAGAAGUGACGUUUCGAGAUCUCAACGAGGAACAUCGGGGAAAUGUUCUCAUUGCAACCAUAGUGCAAGCCGAUAGCCUAAAACAUAUGGAGCAUUUUCUAAACUUGAUCGAGCAACUGGCCUAUCCGAAUAAUAACAUCGACUUGGCCAUCCUGGUUUUGGAUCCUGCUCCCACCACCGUACAUGCAGUUCGCUUAUACGUAGAACGGGCCAAUUUGCACGUAUCAGUCGAUCUGUACGCUAAAACGCUGGAUGAUGAUUUAAAACUGGUCUUCCCAACCGAACAACCGGUGUACGAACUGGAGCCUCUCCAGCGUUCUGCCAUGGCUCGAGCACGCAAUUAUCUUAUCCAAUCGGCACUAAAAGUUCAUCAUGAUCACGUCUUGUGGCUCGAUAUCCAUCUAGAUGAGGUACCGGCAACCCUUCUUCAGGAUCUCAUUCAGCUCGAUGUAGACAUCGUCGUACCAAAUACCAUGAUCCGAUCCGGCGACAACGUUCUGGGAUUCGACAGGCAGAACUGGCAAGAAACAGAAACAUCACUAUCGUUACAACAUGAAGUGGCCGAAGAUUUCAUUUUUAUGGAAGGAUGGUGGGAAUUUGAAACACACAGAUUACUCAUGGUUGAUAUAUCCAAUGCCGCCGAUCCGUUCCAAAAAGUCCAACUUGACGGUAUCGGGUCCACAUGUAGUUUAACCAAAGCUGAGAUCCAUCGUUCCGGUAUAUUAUACGCACCAUAUCCAUAUCAGCAUCAGUUGGACAGUGAAGCCAUGGCCAAGAUGGCGAAGGCAGCGGGUUAUCAAGUGUACGGCUUGCCAGGAUACAUCAUCUACUACUCGAAUACCACCGUGUCAUAA